GGUUUUUGCGCCACACUAGUUUCUAGCCUGCUCGAGCUAGAGGAGGCAAUGCAUGUGGGCAAAAACAUGGAUUGAAAUUGCACUAAUUGGAACAGCUGAAAAGCUUGCGAGAAGACUCGCCCUUUUGAAACCAUGGCUCCUGUCUUGGGCUGGCCUGAGGAAGGACUCUUCCUUGGUUUGGACUCUUCCACACAGUCCAUGAAAGUGACGGCCCUUGACUCCAGCCUGAAAGUUGUGGCCACUCAAGCCAUCCAGUUUGACUCAGCCCUGCCUCAGUAUGGGACCACUGAUGGAGUCCACAGGGGCCCGAACUCCCAGGUCACCUCCCCCACUCUCAUGUGGGUUGAGGCGCUCGACCUCGUCCUGGCCAGACUGCAGGAGGCCUCGUUUCCCUUCGAGCGAGUCGCCGCUGUCUCUGGAAGCGGUCAGCAGCAUGGGAGCGUCUACUGGGCUAACGGGGCCCGCUCCAAGCUGCAGUCUCUGAGGCCCUCUGACAGCCUGGCGGCGCAGCUCAAGGACGCGUUUGCGACACCCGCUUCCCCAGUCUGGAUGGACAGCAGCACCGCGAAGCAGUGCAAGGAGAUCGAGGAUGCGGUUGGAGGCCCUUUGGAGCUUGCACACCUGACAGGAUCCAGAGCCUACGAGCGUUUUACGGCGAGCCAGAUCCGCAAACUCUACCAGCAACAGCCGUCGGUGUACGAACAUUGCGAACGGAUCUCUCUCGUCAGUUCCUUCAUGGCGUCUCUCCUUAUUGGCGACUACGCCAGCAUCGACUUCAGCGACGGCGCGGGGAUGAACCUGAUGGACCUGCGAAGCAAGACGUGGGCGCCGGCGGCCGUGCAGGCGACCGCUCCAGGCUUGGAGGCGAAGCUGGGGGAGCUGGCUCCGGGGCAUGGGGCGGCCGGAAAGAUUCACGACUAUUUUGUGAAGAAGUACGGCUUCUCAGAAGAUUGUACGGUGGUCAACUGGUCUGGCGACAACCCCAACAGUUUUGCAGGGCUUGCUUUGGAGAAGCCGGGCGACAUCGCCGUAAGCCUGGGAACGAGCGACACGGUGUUCGGCGUGGUGUCUGACCCAAACCCCGGCCUGGAAGGGCACGUGUUCCCCAACCCAGUCGACCCCAGCAGCUACAUGACCAUGCUGUGCUACAAGAACGGCUCGCUCACGCGUCAAGGUGUUCGGGAUCGGUGUGCGGACAAGUCGUGGGAGCAUUUUGCCGAGCUGGUACAACAGGUUUCACCUGGAAACGAUGACCUCCAUGGAUUCUACUAUGACGAGCCCGAGAUCCUCCCGCCAGUCCCUGCGGGCGUCCUCCGGUUCGAAUGCAAAGGCAACUCAGCGGAGGACGCCACACCGGUUUCGAGCUUUGAUGACGCACAUGAGUGUCGAGCUAUAGUGGAGGGCCAGCUGCUGUCCAUGCGCGCGCACUCAGAACGCAUCGGGAUGCCGUCGCCCCCAACGCGGGUCAUUGUGACUGGUGGCGCCUCUGCGAACCAGGCGAUUGUGGCGACCACUGCCGACGUGUUUGGGUGCGACGUGUUUGCGGCGGCAGGCACCGACUCGGCCUCGCUCGGCGCAGCGCUCCGUGCGGCCCACAGCUUGUUGUGUUCACAAGCUAGCGGAAGAGAUGGACGACCGCACGUGCCGCCGUCUCCUUUUUCUGACGUGCUCAGCAACGCAGCGGACGGCAGCGCCAUCCUGUUGACCAAGAUCCGGUCACCAGAUAUGAAAGUAUACGGAGAGUAUGGGAAGCACUUGACGAUCAGGAGUGCAUUGGAGAGGCUUAUAGCGGGGAUGUGAAAGACUGUCGGAAUGGUUUGUUUCGGCGCAUUGCUGAAUUGUGUUCUGUAAGCUGAGUUGCCAUCAUAGUCGCUCUUGCCACGAGAAACUGAUGCCAAUUUCCGCCUUGGAAGAUGCAGUUUGAGGCUGCCGCUCUGCUGAUGCUCCGGAUCCCAACUGCUUAAGCUUCCUUCCUGCUUUAGUGAUAAGGACGCAUCUGUCAUUCGUGGUUGUUCUUCGCAUUGUAUGUCAUUUGCGACCUGAAAACUUCGUUGCUUAAGUUGGACGCAGCCGAGUGUCUCUUUGUCGACUUCCAACAGCUGUGCUUGAUAAUUCAGUAUGAGGACCAUUCGGAGUGGUCGGCACAAGUAAGCAAGCUCCACGGAUCUUCUAGCUGCUUGAAGCACUUGACGCAUCAAUGAUGUGUGGCGGUCGCCAAUUAGAACAACUUACGGAUUUUUGCGCAGUUCCUUAGGUAAAAGCAGGUUCGCCAACAUCUUUAACCACAACAUGGAAGGUUCCGUCG